GUUUGGGCCAGUAGUUGUGGAAAAAUCUCAUCAUGAAACACUCAUUUAGGGAAAAAUCAAGCAUUUGGUUCGGUUUGGCCAAUCCUCAAAGCCGCCCGUUGUGAUGUGGUGUGCACAUGGUAUGAUGUUCACAUGUUUGCGUUAUGUCACGCCAGUCAACGUUUCAAGCUCUUCACGCUAACCCCGUGUUUUGCUUGCCGAGACAGAAUUAUAUAUUGACUCUCCAAAGUGGCCACGACGAUGAGCUGAUGCCAUAACGAUGCCUGUCGCUGUUGGAAUAAAGGAGAUUUCCGCUUUCUGUUCUUAGUGAAAGGAAGACUGAUUUGGCACACCGAGAGAGAAGCCAUCGUAAGAAUCUUAUUAUAGAGAAGCAUUUGUCACAUGAAAAGAAUUUGCUGUGGCGGAACAUAAUCUCAAAUCGAAGUCAAAUUUCACCUCGAUACACAGACACACGAAAACACAAAGAAUGAAAAUAUUGAGCUUCCUUCGAAGACUAGUGAUAGUAACUUUUUUUAGGAGAAAUUUCUUUUUCAUUCGCUUGUUCGGUAUCCUUGCCAUAGCUUCUAUGCUGAUUUCGCUUCUGUUCUUAGUUCACGUCAACGAACAUGAGAAAAUAAGUGUUACUCAAGAAAGAUUACAACGUGAUAUUGAGAUGGAAACGAAAUUUGCAGAGAUAAAGAGACGCGUAAAGAAAAUGAAAAAAAUUGGGCCGAAAGCGUGGGAACAUAUUCUAUCCGAUCCACCGCCGUUGUCUCAUAGACCUGGGGAUUAUUCACUCAAGAAAAACGGUGAUAAAAAGUCGUCCUUGCGACGAAGCUCAGAGAAAGGGGGUAACUCAGUAGCCCGUGGCUCAGAGCGCACAAAGAAAUCAGAGUUUUCCGCUGUUUGGGAUACAUGGAGUAACCGUCAAAGGGCACGAAGGACUGUUAAAGAAGUCAAACCAACCGGAGAUGUGAAGAACGAUUAUCAAUCACAAAUAUUCGCCACUGGCAAUGUAGUGAAAGACAACACAAGGGAAUUCAACACUUUUACUAGACGAUCAGAAGCGAUAUUCACCGCCACCCCAACGGUUUACAAGGAAAAAGAAACUACACUUGCAAAAUAUCAGUCAAAUUUUGUAAAGGACUCACACUUAGUGCCCGACGCGAACAGGCAUAGAAAUGUUGAAGAUAAAUUGCAUAACACGGAUGUGACUGUAAUUCGAGCUACGGAACAAAGAACAUUGACCGCGCAGAUUAAUUCCCCAGUAAUGCGUAAUUUAUAUGAGCGACAGAACACUGGCAAAUCCCAAACAACAGGCGACAAGCAAGUGGAAACUUCGAAUAGAAAGGAAAUUGCGGCUGUGAGGAUUAGAAAUUCAGAAACUUCAACACCAGCCAAUAAAGAUUCACUCAGACACCCAACUAACGCACUGAGAAAUGUCAAAUUGCAAUCAAGAGCCUCAAGUGUACCUCCUAUCCUCGAAGGAAACAGACCAAAAGCACAUACACCAGUGAUGACAGUAAAACGAGACGUGGAAAAGCCAACAUUAACCUCGCCUAUGGAUUCCCCCGCUCAGGGUUAUUCCUCUGUGCGACAGAAAACUGUCAAAUCCCGAAUAAUAGGAAACAGACAGGCGGAAACAUCCAAUACAAAGGAAAUUGCGGCUAUGAGCAUUAGAGAUUCUGCAACGUUAACGCCAAUCAAUAAAGAUUUACUCCGAUACCCAACCAUCGCGCCGAGAACUGCCAAAAUGCAUUCAAGAAGUACAAUUUUAACUCUCCCAGUCCACGAAGGAAACAAACCAGCAGCCCCAACCCUUGGAAAGCCAAUACAAAAAGUAACCACUCAAUAUACAACCUAUACCUCUCCAGUACAAAGGAAAACUGUUAUUAUUGUAGCAGAGCCGCGCACAGGCUCGUCUUUCCUCGGUGAUGCCUUCAACCAAAAUCCGGACGUUUUCUACUUGUUUGAACCUCUUCAUGGAGUUGUGCUGGACCCAUCGCAACACGAGCGCGACCCGAAACCGAUGCAGUUCCUCGCAGGAAUUUUAGGCUGUAAGUUUCUAUCUCCUAGGUAUGUAAAAGAAAUUCAAGUUUUUCGAAGGUUCUCCAGUAACGCACUGUCUUCACCGCCACUGUGCAGAGAAAAAACUACACCUAAAACGGCGAAGAAAAAUAAGUGCUCCUCAUUGACCACGAAAAACAUGGAAAACGUUUGUAUGUUAGAUUACAGUGUUACAGUUAUUAAGAUUCUCACUUCUAGAAUACCUAAAAGCAGGGUCGAGUCGCUGUUUCCUCUCUGUAAUUCGAGCGAUUGCUCGAUUAUUUACUUGGUUAGGGAUCCCCGUCCAGUUGUCUUUUCUCAUAUGAAAGUGGGAAUAAAUACAUGGACGUAUUUUAGAGGUCGAGCAAAAGACGGCUCCCCUCACCCCUCUUUGAAGAUGUAUAGUGCCCAGAUCUGUCGUCAAAUUGAAGCGAAUGUGAGAACUUUUCUAGAGCUCACCAACAAAACAAACAAUAGAUACCACAUCCUCCCUUACGAAGACUUAGCUAGAAAUCCAGUUGAAAUUUUGCAAAGGAUGUACAAAAUAUCUGGAAUUACAAUGCAUAAUGAUACUCUUAACUGGAUCAAAAAUCAUACGUCAGAGCAAAAUGUUCCGUCAAAUAAUGUGAAAGGUUAUAACUUCUCCACAAAGCGGAACUCCAAGGCUAACGUGGAUAACUGGAGGUUUGAAGUGGAUCCCUGCCUCGUUAACAUUAUAGAAGACAGCUGUCGUCCUUUAAUGCAGCUUCUAGGUUAUAAACUUCUAAACAGAUCUGAGAAAACGCAGUAUGACCUCACUGUGUCACUUUAUGAUCACAUUUAUAUGAAUACCCAAUGACCCACGUGACGGUUGGCAGAUUUCAGGGUUGGCGAUCGUGAUCGUGAUCAUGAUCCGUGAUUUGAAGACCUUGCGUGAUCCGUGAUCUUCUUGCUGUGGGGUCGUGAACCAUCCGUAACUUUCGUUGAAGAACGUGACUCCGGAAAAUAGAGUCUCGUGUAUCAAUUUUAAAAUUUAUUUCAAGCACUUAUUUGAUCAUUUGGUUAUUUAUACACGGUACCGAUUAAAAGUUACAUAUCCUUUCGUCGGGCCAUAGUUAAAAACAGCAACAGAUGAACUACGUACUAAUUGAAAUUAUCUAUAUAAAUUUGUAUGUUACACGUGCAAGAUUAUACCUAAACUCCUAAACAUUAUCGUUCCUUGACUAUCAUUAAAGAAAUUAAAUACAUUUUUUAAGAGAGCUAAGAGUGGGCUGUUUUGAUUGCUCAAAGGCAAGCUGUUCCAGAAAACAGAACCUCGAUAUUGAAAACUUCAUUUGCUUGCCUCAGUGGUCGGCCAUGGGGCCCUGUUACUUGCCCAACACAUUUUAUUUUUGUUUGUUUAAUUAUUACUAGUUAUCAGUUCGUUACGUUUAAGUUUGAAUUAUUCACGCCGUGACUGCUAGGAAUCAAAUUUCGUCGUAUAACCUUUAAAAUCGAUAUAAUCAGCCUCUACUACGUUUUUAUUUGUUAAGCUAUGUUAUCCGUCGAGCCACGCCAUCUUAAGUUGUGAAAGCUAUCUGUUUCGUUUAGUAAAUAGGCGUUGCCUAUGAUGACAGAUAUAAUUUAAUUAACACAACUCGUGAUU